GUCAAUUAUGAGAUAAAUAAAAUACUUAAAUGCUAUUGUUUGUUGAGUUUAUUUAAAAAUUAUUUUUAGAGGUCUUAAAGCUAUAAUAUAAAGUCCUCAACAUAUUUUUACAUACGUAAAAGUACAUCAAAAUGAACCAAGCCGACUUUAAAAACAAUCUAAGGAAACUAGAAUUUCCUCUCUGCGCCGUUGAGGCUCUUCCACGAAUAGAAAACAUUGUCGACAACAUGAGUCGGAGUAAACAGAACUUCGCUAUGAGUCUAAUAUCAGAGUUUAUAUUUUUGGAAAAGUUCAAAGACACCGACUUUAGAAAGAACGCAAACGCAGUCCCUUUUCUCACCUCGCAAAUGACAUCAAUUCAAGAAUUCCAACUUAUCAUUGUACUCAUCGAAUUUUUUUCUCGACCUGGACCAGAUGCCACCCGCAAUGCAGUAUUCCUCUCACUGUUCGGUGGUAACUUGACGCCCAAUCGUUCGAGCGUAUUGUGCAAACUCAUAAGUACUUCCGUGUCGGGGUCAGUCUCGGCUGUCCUUUGCGCUGCUGGUACUUGGAUGCAACAGCUUGGAUGCACUUCGGCUCCCAGUUUAGAAAUAGCGCAAAACUUAGUUAAAGAUUUUGUGAUAUUUGCAAAGAAAACUUCGGAGCAGCUUAAGCAGUUACCCAUGGUUGCUCCUCGAUUUGCAGCCAAUAUCAUGACUGCUGUGGCUGACCUAUAUAUGAAUGAACAGCGAGGAGCUCUCACAAGUCCACCGGACAUGCUUCUCGAUGUUUUUACUGAGUGGGUCACUGAUAACCCCAGUCUUUGCCUAGCUUCUCAGCAGCCACUCGCUUUGCCAUCGGGAGCCAUUGCAAUGCCAGUUAUUACACCAAUCGCUGGACUCAUUAAAUGGAGUGUACUGGCGCCAAUAGUCAACAACAAACCUACAUAUAGUGAUCUCCACUUGGCCGUGCUACAGACUUUGCUUCAAAUCGUUCCAUCAGGACCACCAACAGCACUUAAUGCUCAACAUCUCCUACUCAUUGUAAGUCCCCUCAAAGCACAUGCUCAAAAACUAGUAAGCGAAAAUCUUAAGCCCGAAGACGAUGCGAAUCUUCAAAAAAGUCUUGAGCGUUUUUCUCAAUCGAUUCAAGUUGCCCUCACUGCCAAGUGCGUAUACGGCAGUAUACCACAAUUGCUUUGCAAUUUGGAAACCCUACCUCAAAACAGUUUAAUGGAAAUAAUUAUUAAAGCAAAUAAAAACUCAGCAUGAUUAGAAACAAAUUA